AUAGUUGACGAGGCGAGUAGGCAGGAGUUUCAAUUUUCAAAGUUUCAAAAUAAAAACAUAAAAACAGUUUAAAAAAAUUGAAUGUGUACGCGUUCUUUUUAUAUAAAAUGCAUGACUUAUAAGUUCAAGUAAUAACCGUUGCUUAUUUGUAUUGAUGUGUAUUAAAGUACAAGAGUACGCAAUUAAGUUCAGAUUCCCGUUACUCGAAUACGUUCCACGUCAGAAUAAAUUGUUUCGGUUGUAGUUUGGACAAAUUUAGUGAUGCGUAGGGCUAAAGGAUACCAGGAUCUAGACGAGAAUGCAGGCGACUCCCGUCCACCGGCACCCCCAAUGCCAUUACCGCAAGAAAUCGAAAUGGCCUCUGUUUCCGUAGUCCCUGAUGAUACAUUCACUGUGACUCAAGCUGUCAAUGCGCUGGGUUUUGGCUGGUUUCAAGUUAAGCUAUCACUGUAUACUGGCUUGUGUUGGAUGGCUGACUCAAUGGAAAUGACCAUACUGAGCAUAUUGUCGCCAGCACUACACUGUGAAUGGAAUAUCAGCAAGUACCAACAAGCCCUUACCACUACAGUUGUUUUUAUGGGAAUGAUGUUAAGCUCUACAUUUUGGGGCAAUAUCAGUGAUAGAUAUGGAAGGAAAACUGCUCUGAGCAUGUGUGGAGUGUUACUAUUUUACUAUGGGUUACUAAGCGCCAUUGCUCCCAACUUCCUUUGGCUGCUAUUUUUGAGAGGACUUGUUGGAUUUGCAAUAGGAUGUGUGCCACAAUCGGUUACGCUGUAUGCAGAAUUUUUGCCAACAAAACAAAGAGCUAAAUGUGUUGUUCUUUUGGAUUGUUUUUGGGCGCUCGGUGCUUGUUUAGAGGUCGCGUUGGCGUUGGUCGUGAUGCCGACUCUCGGAGUACACUGGCUGUUAGCCCUGUCUACUAUACCUUUGCUGAUAUUUGCUAUCAUAUGCCCUUGGUUACCAGAGUCAGCCAGAUUCCAUGUUGCAAGCGGACAGCCAGAUAAAGCCUUAGAAACGCUUGAGAAGAUAGCGCAAGACAACGGUCGGCCAAUGUUGCUGGGUCGCUUGGUGUGCGACGACUCAGUCGGCAUCGGUCAGCGCGGACGCCUGAAACAUCUCCUCAUACCGCAGCUGAGGAACACUAGCCUUCUUCUCUGGGUUAUAUGGAUGUCCUGCGCGUUCUGUUACUACGGGCUGGUGCUGAUGACGACGGAGCUGUUCGAGACGGACGCGGGCGGCGGCGAGGCGUGCGCGGCCGACUGCCGCCCGCUGCAAACUACCGACUACAUGGACUUAUUGUGGACUACGCUCGCCGAAUUUCCUGGUAUUUUCGCCACCAUAUUUAUAAUAGAGAAAUUUGGACGUAAGAAAACGAUGGCAUCUCAGUUCGUCAUUUUUGCUAUCUGUGUAUGCGCUUUAAUUUACAAUACGAAUCGUACAUUCCUAACCUGCAUUUUGUUUUUGGCGCGUGGUAUCAUCGCCGGACUAUUCCAAGCAGCUUAUGUUUAUACACCAGAGGUAUAUCCUACAGCUUUAAGGUCAACCGCGGUCGGCGCGUGCAGUGGAGUCGCGAGACUUGGCGCCAUGAUAACGCCUUAUGUAGCUCAAGUGCUGCUAAAAAACUCUAUAACGAUAGCGACAGCUGUAUACUCUGUGGCCGCUUUGAUAGCAGCGGCCGCAUGCGUCGCCUUGCCGAUAGAAACCAAAGGCAGAGAGAUGAAGGAAACGGUUACAGCUACUGGAUUAUAAAAAUAACUAGCUGUUGCCCGCGACUUCGUCCGUGUGGAUUUAGGUUUUUAAAAUC